AUGAAUAUUUCAAGAGUCAACUCCAAUCACUGCUUGAAUGCACCUAAACGAAAUUCGAAAACUGUGUUUUGCCAUCGUCUAGCAACGCAUUUUGAAGAUCUGUCAAAUGAACUUUUACUCGAUAUUUUCGAUUUUCUUGAUGGUUAUCAUAUAUUCGAAGCUUUUUCUAAUCUUAAUAACCGUAUCCAACAUCUCGUUACUAGUUCUUAUUUCCUUCUCAAAUUAAAUAUUUCAUUUAUGUCUAAAUCGAAUUUUAACAGACGUUCGAUCAAUAUUAUCCGUCCAUAUAUGAAUCGAAUUAUUUCAUUACAAUUAUCAGAGACAUUUUUCAUCAAAAAUUUCUUUACAUCAUUUCCUGUUGACACAUCAUUCAAUCGUCUCGAAUCAUUGAUACUCAAUCAUCUUAAUAUAGAUCAUAGUGGUCCUAUUCUUAUUAGUUUAGCCCAAUUACCUCGACUCUUCUCUUUCACAAUCUUUUGUUACGAAUGUAAUGAACUAUUUAUUAUUUUUCAAUCAAUAUUUCGUCUACCUGUUUUACGAUAUGCCCAAAUUUUGUGUUCGAACUGGGGUUCUAGAUUUCUGUUUCCCCUGGCUACGAGCGACAGUCAACGAAAUGCUGAUGGAAAUAGUCGCUGUCGAACAUUACUUGAUGAAUUUUCUUCGCCAUUUUGGAUCGAACGACAAUUGUUUUUUGCCCAUAGCCAUUAUUAUCAGUUUUCUCAAGAAGUACAUUUAGCAUUCUAUUCAACUCAAAUGCGCCGGCGAUACUGUUGUCAAAUUGAUGGACCUUUAGAUAAUAACAUAUGUUUGUACCAAGAUCCAGUCUUCUAUCUAUCUUCUGGGCCAGGCAUUAGUAUGAAAAAUCGAAAUAUUGUUGCCAAUUUUCCCUUUCAAUUUCCUUAUGUAACUGCAUUGGAACUUAUAGAUAAUUAUUAUACGAUCAAUAUUGACUCAUUCAUUGAUAAUCUAAGUCAUAUUAUAAUUUUGACAAAUAUUACUUAUUUAAAGAUUCCAUUUAACAAUCAAUUAUUGAACAAUUUUGUGAAACUUCUUAAUCGUAUGCCUAAUGUUCAAAAACUGAUUCUUGACGUACGACCAUCAUCUGAAAUGGAAGUAUCAUCAGAUCAACAAACUAAUACAGCUGAUUUGGUAUGCAAUAAUAAUGUGCAAAAUGUAAUAAUAACUGAUAAACUUGCACUUACCACUGUUCAACUAAUCAAUAAGCUUUUUCCUCGAAUGGAAUGUCUUGAAAUUCAGAGCAGAGGGGAUGCUCUCAUAUCAUUUGUACAAACUUUGUUGUCAAACAGAAUUAGUAACAAUCAUCUUUUCUCACUGAUGUUUUAUGGUGAUAAUGCAAUGAUCAAUCAAUUGAUAACAAUGAUCGAUAAUGAAAAAUUACUUGAUAAUUAUAAUAUUGAACGUCGAUGGCUUGAACUAUGCUUAUGGUGGUAA